ACAGCCAAGUUGCUUUGGUUUCUAUUUCUUUGUUAAGUCAUUUCCUCUGCAAAGGACUUUCCUGGCAGGUGUGAAAGGCAGCGGUGGCCACAGAGGCGGUGGAGAGAUGGCCUUCAGCGGUUCCCAGGCUCCCUACCUGAGCCCAGCCGUCCCCUUUUCUGGAACUAUCCAAGGGGGUCUCCAGGACGGACUUCAGAUCACUGUCAAUGGGACUGUUCUCAGCUCCAGUGGAAGCAGGUUUGCUGUGAACUUUCAGACCGGCUUCAGUGGAGAUGACAUUGCCUUCCACUUCAACCCUCGGUUUGAAGACGGAGGGUACGUGGUGUGCAACACAAGGCAGAAUGGAAGCUGGGGGACCGAGGAGAGGAAGAUGCACAUGCCCCUCCAGAAGGGGAUGCCCUUUGACCUCUGCUUCCUGGUGCAGAGCUCGGAUUUCAAGGUGAUGGUGAACGGGAGCCUCUUCGUGCAGUAUUUCCACCGCGUGCCCUUCCACCGUGUGGACACCAUCUCCGUCAAUGGCUCUGUGCAGCUGUCCUACAUCAGCUUCCAGAACCCCCGCACAGUCCCUGUUCAGCCUGCCUUAUCCAUGGUGCCGUUCUCCCAGCCUGUCUGUUUCCCACCCAGGCCCAGGGGGCGCAGACAAAAACCUCCCGGCGUGCGGCCUGCCAACCCGGCUCCCAUUAUCCAGACAGUCAUCCACACGGUGCAGAGCACCCCUGGACAGAUGUUCUCUACUCCCGCCCUCCCACCUGUGAUGUACCCCCACUCUGCCUAUCCAAUGCCUUUUGUCACCACCAUUCCGGGAGGGCUGUAUCCAUCCAAGUCCAUCAUCCUGUCGGGCACUGUCCUGCCCAGUGCUCAGAGGUUCCACAUCAACCUGUGCUCUGGGAGCCACAUCGCCUUCCACCUGAACCCCCGUUUUGAUGAGAACGCUGUGGUCCGCAACACCCAGAUCAACAACUCUUGGGGGUCUGAGGAGCGAAGUCUGCCCCGAAAAAUGCCCUUUGUCCGAGGCCAGAGCUUCUCGGUGUGGAUCUUGUGUGACGCGCACUGCCUCAAGGUGGCCGUGGAUGGUCAGCACCUGUUUGAAUAUUACCAUCGCCUGAGGAACCUGCCCACCAUCAACAAACUGGAAGUGGGGGGCGACAUCCAGCUGACCCACGUGCAGACAUAGGCGGCUCCCUGGCCCUGGGACCGGGGCUGGGGUGGGGGGCAGUCUGGGUCUUCUCAUCAUCCCCACGUCCCAGGCCCAGCCUUUCCAACCCUGCCUGGGAUCUGGGCUUUAAUGCAGAGGCCAUGCCCUUGUCUGGUCCUGCUUUUGGCUACAGCCACCCUGGAACAGAGAAGGCAGCUGACCGGGAUUGCCUUCCUCAGCCGCGGCAGCACCUGGGGCUCCAGCUGCCCAAAUCCUACCAUCCCAGGAGGCGGGCACAGCCAGGGAGAGGGAGGAGUGGGCAGUGAAGAUGAAGGUCCAUGCUCAGUCCCCUCCCAUCCCCCAGGCGGCUCCACCCCAGUCCCAAGCCACCAGCUAUCUACUCCUGGUGGGAGGUGGCCUCCUCAGCCCCUCCUCUCUGACCUUUAACUUCACUCUCACCUUGCACCCUGCAGCAACCCUUCACCCCCUCCUGGAAAGCAGGCCUGAUGGCAUCCCACUGGCCUCCACCAACUGACCGGAGUGUUAUCUUCAGGGGACUGGCUCCUUUCCCAGUGUCCUUGAAAUAAAGAAAUGAAAAUGCUUGUUGGCACAUUCA